AUGUCGUCGAGCCUCUAUAACCUCGAACCCCCACCGACCGCUAAGGUUGUCCUGAACACCACCUCAGGCGACCUCACCAUCGAGCUCUUCGCGAAGCAAACUCCCCUCGCGUCUCGAAAUUUCCUCCAACACUGUCUCGAUGGCUACUACACCAACACUGUCUUCCACCGUCUAGUUCCAGGCUUCAUCAUCCAAGGUGGCGAUCCUACCGGUAGCGGUCAUGGCGGCAUCAGCGCGCUCGAAGACGGCGAGCUCUUCCAAGAUGAAUUCCACAGCCGGCUCAAGUUCAAUCGGCGUGGUCUACUGGGCAUGGCCAAUGAAGGACCGAACAGCAAUGGAAGCCAGUUCUUCUUUACAUUGGAUGCCACGGCAGAGCUGCAAGGGAAGAACACCAUGUUUGGCAGAAUCGAGGGCGACACGAUUUACAACUUGAUGAAGAUGGCCGACGCAGAGUUGACAGAGGAAGGGUCAGAUCGGCCGUUGUACCCAACCAAGAUUACAGGAGCAGAGGUGCUGGUCAAUCCGUUCGAGGGUAUGGUCGCGAAGGCGAGGGAGGCACCGAGGACAAAGUCGGACGAGGGCAAGAAGGAGGCUAAAAAGAGGAAGAAGCCGGCCGGGAAGAAUGUGCUGAGUUUUGGCGGAGAGGAGGGUGAGGAGGAGGGAGCUACGCCAGUUUUGAAGAAGGUCAAGGCGAAUCCAAAGUUGGUGGUCGUGGAGGAUGCUGAAGAUGUGAAAGAGGCCCCAAGGACGAAGAAGCCAAAGCCCAAGCAGCCGACAACAGAGGAUGAAGCUCCAGCGUCAAAACCUACGAAACCCACAGUCACAGCCUCAAUCCCAGCUCCGGGCGACAUUGAGGUCGAUUCACCACCGCCUUCGCCUGAGACGAGGCGCAACAAGAAUCUAGCUUCAACGAAUGCCGAGAUCGCCGAGCUCAAAGCUAGCAUGCGUCGAACCACAGAUACAAAAUCAAGCAAAACUCAAGAGGCUCCCAAGUCUGCCUUGGAGGCUCUAAUACCGCCCACAAGCACACGCGGGAGGAGAAGAGGGAAAGCAUCGGAGGAGAAGGGAGCAAUGGAUAUGUUCCAAGCAUUCAAGGCGAGGCUGGAGACUCUGCCGAGUGACAAGGAUGGCGACAAGGAUGAGGGCAACGAGGGGAAGAAGGACGGAGCAGCGCUGACGAAGCCCGCCAUGGAGAAAGCAGAAGAAGCCGAUGACGACGAAGCUGCACUUUGCGACCUUCACUUCAUUGCCAAUUGCCAGUCAUGUAGAUCGUGGGAUGAGCAGGAAGACAAGGCAGCCAAUGGCAAUGGUGAUAAGGCCGAUGGAGAGGACGACGAGGAUGACGCAGGCUGGAUGGCCCAUCAGCUGUCGUUCGCAAAGGACACAUUGGGCAAGGACUUGGAGUGGAAGAGGAAGAUGGCGGAGAUCGAAGUCAUUGAUCCGAGGGAGAAGGCGAGAGCUAUUCAAGAAGAGGGCAAGAAGAAGAAGGGUAAGGGAAAAGAUGCGAAGGCCAGAUAG